UUUUCGUUCAUUCAGGGUCGUUUCAAUUUAAACCAACUUUACUUCGUAUAAAUCAUUUCAGAUAAUCCCGAUUAUUGACCCACCAAAUGUCGUGAAGAUGGCGACGACUCCCCAUCCCCGAUCUAGUCUACGACGUACUGCCUGUGACCGAUGUCGGCAUUCGAAGUUGAAAUGUUUCCGUGAUGAGAACCAACUAAAAUGUGCUCGUUGCCUACGACUCGAGCUACGCUGUGAAGUUGCGCCAGCGAAACCUCCAGGAAGGCCUCGAAAAGUACCACUUGCCCCUGCUGUAGUAGCUGAGGCGAUAGAUAAUACAGACAUGAUAUCUCCCCAAUUUUUAGAGGGUGGAACCGAAAGGACCGUGGAAGAAGAAGCACAGUGUAGCUUGUCGCAGAGUCAGAAUCCCGAUGAUCUUCAGCUAGAUGACUUCGGCCACGCUCCUUUAACGUCACACAAUAAUAUCAACGGCUUCUUCUUAACGCUUGUGCCGCCAAUUCCCGAGCCUAAAAUGCCCGAGUGGUACGAGACAAGCUGCUUCGACGCUGGCCCGAGCAGAGACCCCCUAGAGGUGCACAGUCUCUUCACUGCGAAACUAGAUCGGCAAGAAUGCCUCAAAGAACUCUCUCAGCUCAACGUCGACCUCCAAGUCCUAGUCCUAGCUCUCAAAGAACUCGAGAGCGGCGGAAAGCUCAACUUCUCCGCGUUCUGCUCCCACUCGCCUUCUCCGGUCGGCGACGGCGUCUCCUUUGCCGAGAAGUUCCUCAUCAUGUCCCAGAGGUUCCAGCAGGCCAUCACGAAUCUCAGCUGGGUCGUCAAGAACGAUACCAAGCCGUUGCAGGACACGGCGCCUAUAGUCGACGACAACAGUGACUUACCACUAGACCCUUUACUCAGCAUCGACGGACCGCUACCAGCGUCAGUAGGCCAAGAGGGAGGGAACGAUCACGAUCAGAUAGCCGCUGAAGCUGGAGUAUCCGAGCAGGGCGAGCAGCUCGAAACGCCGUUCGCCUGCCUCCUCGUAAGCUGCUACGUGCAGCUCGUCAGCCUGUGGGAGAACAUGUGGUUCCACGUGCGCCGGCGCACCAGCGGCAUCGACCUCUCCGAGCUGACGCUCUCGGACCCGAGCAAGGGGGUCCAGAUGGGCGCCUUCUACAUCUUCAGCGGCCGGCUGCAGAGCAUGUUCUUCUGCCAGGCGGUGCUGUAUUUCCUGGACAACAUCGACCGCGGCCUCGGCAUCCUGGCCGAGCAGCGGGAGCAAGGGGUUUCCGGGUUGCUGUUGUCUGGCCCAAGGCACUUCGAGCUUCUGCAGAGGGAGCUCGGUGGGAAGGUUAGCAAGGGCGAGAGCGAGCGCGUGAGAGCGUUGAAGGAUAUGGUGGAGAAGACGAGGGAGUUCACUUCCAACGAUACGGGGUGGUGAAUAUUACGUGUUCGUUGUCGGCCCUGCGACAAGUGCUAACUUGGCCAAGUUCGUUGUUUCGUCCUUGAAUUGGUGAGAGCAAAGACGUCGAGACAUACCUUGGGAGGGACGACGAAAUCGUGCAUUUCGGUGGAAUACUUCACAGAAUACUCUACUGAAUCGCCAUAGGGAUACACGUAGAUAGUUACCGAGGCACGUAUCUGGUUCUCGUCCAUCCCUCCGAGGGGCCCAAGAGGCUCGGUCGUUCCCCGGCUCGAAGAACCGAGACUAGACCGAAUCUCCCACCGGCCAAAGAAGUAACAUGACUCCUCUCACGAGCAAACAUUGGAUAUCGCCGUCCGGUUAAUAGUCUGUAGGACCACCAAUUUGAAAGGGAGCAACAAACGACACUAUCGUCGUUUGACUAGCGAGAUCGAUACUUGCUGCCUUCAGUCCAGGAUAGCGGAUAUCCGGACAGCCUUCCCGCUGCUGAGGGAAGGAUCAUGAUUCGGGUUGGCGAAGUAGAUAGGUAUUCGAAUGGAUUGUGUAGGUCGGGUGAUAUAUUCAUAUCCCUUCAACACUCCUCUUGGCCAAGCACACUCCACUCCCCCAUGCUUGCAUACUCAUCGUCUAUGAUAGCCCAUUAUUCGCGACCUGAGUCCACAGUCGGAUGUCAAUUUCUCUAGGUUAAAUGAUUAUUAGCCAACUGAAAUUCUUGAGCUAGUAACAGGGGA